UUAUUCACAAUUUUUACAUUUUGUUUCACUAACUUCACGAUUCACACGCUUAUUCUCAUUCAAUGUGUCAAUCAUAGCAUCAAAUAAAAAGGGAAAAUAAAUCUCCAACUACCUUAUUCACUUGAUUCCGUUUUUUAGUAUUUUUAUUCAUUCACAUCUUUUCUCCUCAAAAAUAGCUCAUAUCAAUUUCUUCCAAUUUAAACACACAACGAGUUCACUUGAGUUGACUCGUUCUUCUCUUCUUCUUCUCGAAUCCAACGACUUCACCAAAACACCGUCGUUUUAACCGUGGAUCUCGAUUUUAGUUACUGUAAUCAUGAACAAAACACCGAUUCUCGAAAUUGAACCAAGGGAACUCAAAUUCAUAUUUGAAUUGAAGAAACAAAGUUCGUGUACGGUUCAGGUGACUAAUAACACCUAUCAUCAUGUUGCUUUCAAGGUUAAAACGACUUCGCCUAAGAAAUAUUCAGUUCGACCAAAUGUUGGAGUUCUCGCGCCAAAAGCUACUAGUGAAUUCAUAGUUACAAUGCAAGCACAACGGGUUGCCCCUGAAGAUUUGGUGUGCAAGGACAAGUUCUUAGUCCAAAGCACAUUGGUUGAUGCAGAGAUAACCACUGAAGAUGUUACUUCCAGCUUGUUUGUCAAGGAUGGACUGCGAUAUAUUGAAGAAAAUAAGCUGAAGGUGGCUCUAAUCAGCCCACCUGAUUCACCAGAACUAGUUCCUGUUAAUGGAGACUCAAAGAAUGGGUUUCAUCAUGAAAAAGUUCAGAUACAUGGCAAAGACGAAAUUGAAAUCCAGUCCCCCGAACCCAUGGUUCUUAAAAAGCCAGAGCAUAAUAAGGUUCAUAUACCAGAGCAUACUAAGGUUUGUAAUGUAGAGAUUGAAGAGGAUAUGGAGUUGAAGGUAGAAUAUGGUAUGGGGUUGGAUGCUAUUAAGGAUGUAGGAGAGCCAAGAGAAGAAGCAGGGUUGAAAGUGUCAAGAGUUGAGGAGAUGAACUCAGUAAAGGGUGUGGAGGAACUGAAACCACAGAAAAAAAUAGAGGUACAAGUCUCAAAAGAUCUGGAUUCAAUCACAGUAAAGAAUGCAGAGGAACUGAAACCAGGAAAAGAGGCAGAGAUGAAGGUGUCAAAAGAUCUGGGUUCAAUCACAGUAAAGAAAGCAGAGGAACUGAAACCUGGAAAAGAAGCAGACUUGAAUGUGUUAAAAGAUCAUUUGACCACAGUAAACAAUGGAAAGGCACUGACGCCAGAAAAAGAAAUAGAGUCAAAAGUGUCAACCGAUACAGUGAUUAAGACAGUAAAGAAUGUUGAGGAACUGAAGCCAGAAAAAGAAGCGGAGUCAAGAGUUUCAAAGGGUAUUGAGGAGCUGAAACUGCUGGAAGCCAUUGAAGAGAUGAAGUUAAAACUAGAUGGACUUGAGUCAAAGCUAAAUGAGUCUGGAGUAACAAUAUCCAAGUUAACAGAGGAGAGGAGGUUAAGCAAUCAAGAGGCGAAGAUCUUGCAAGAAAAACUAGCAGAUCUCAUUAAUACAGGUCCAAGAAAAGUUCAAGUCGGGUUCCCACUUCUAUAUGUCUGCAUGGUGGCACUUAUCUGUGUCUUCUUGGGAUACCGUUUACACUCUUGAUAUCUGGGGGAUCAGUCGUCCAGGAAGAUACUAACAUUUUGAAUUGCCUCAAGUUUGUUAUAUUAGGAGUUUAGGCAAAAUUUCACUUCAUAUCUAUAAAUAUAAUCAGUGAUUUUUCUAUACUUGAGGUCAGUAAUGCUCCAUCUGAUCUGUCUGGUCCAUAAUCACGUUGCGUUUGUAUAUGCAGAAUUUCGCACUUGUAAAGGUACAUAUAGUACAAGAUAUAUAGCGGUCGGGUAGAUGACUGAUGAGAUUAGUGGAAAACUGGAAAAUGUUAUGUAAGCUACUCGAGAUUGUUCUCCUUUUCCCUGUGAACUUAAAAUUGAUUAGUGAUUUUGUUGAGUUGUGGCACUAGUGAAUACAAGUUGUGAUUCAGCAUUCAAUUUGAUUGUUGAUAAGUUACUCAAAAUACAACAGAAACUGCUUUAAAAAAUAGUUGCACCUGCACCUGGCGGACUAUGAAUGAACUUGAGGGUCCUUUUUGGAACUCUGGCAUUUGAACCAGAAUUAUGAAAUAUCACGGAUACUUUUUUACUA